AUGCAGGCAAUGCAGAAUGAGCUGAGGACGUUGAGGCAGGCUGCCUUUGCUGCUGGCGUAGUCCCUAUUGGCGUUGCUGCUUGCGUUGCUCCUGUUGCAGAUGGUCCUUCGUAUGUGGAGGACAAGAUGGAGGCUUUUGAUGUGUUGGCUCACGAUCGUGUUCAUUUUGGGACACAACUGUUGAAGGGUGAGGCACAGAUCUGGUGGAAGGGUGUGCAGUCAGCUCGCACGGCUGCACAUGGCCUAUUGACUUGGCACGAGUUUGUCAGGCAGUUUGAGAGGAGGUUCUACCUGGUGACUUUCCUGAAUAGGAUGAAGAUUGAUCUGAAUGCCUAUAUGCAGGAUAAGAAGUCAGUUGCAGAGUAUGAAGUGGGCUUCAAUCAGAUUGUCCGCUUUGUCCCACACGUGGCCCAUGAUGAGGUAGAGAAGGCAAAACACUUUCACCAAGGUCUCAAGCAUUCGAUCUGCCAAGUGUUGGGUGCUUUUCCAGCGGUGGACUUCUGCACUACAGUGGAACAGGCUUUGGGUGUGGAGAUGCAGCAAAUGUACACUGCUGACUUACAGAAGUCUUUAGAUGGUGAGCAGUCUCGCGGUCAGAGCGAUAGGAAGGACCAUUCUGGUGACCCUGUUCAUAAGAAGGGGAAGUUCCAGCGUCUCCAACCAUACCACAGCAAGUCUUCUCAGUCCAGUGCUUCAGGAGGGAGCACACCUCAGUACCGGGCUAUUCCUAAGCCUGGCAUGGGGCUGAUUAGUCAGCCUAUUGUGGUCAGUUCUACUAGAGGUCUUAUAUCCAGUUCUUCUGUUUGCCCCGGUUGUGCUAUUCAUCUUGCUGACGAAGCCUUUGUUGCUAAUCUGGUGGUGAUUCCUUUGGAGCAUUUUGAUGUUAUUCUUGGCAUGGAUUGGCUUACUCAGUAUCAAGCUGUUAUCUCCUGUUUCUGGAAGACAGUCUCUUUACAGUCUGGCAUUCUUUUACCGAUGGUUGUUGGUCGCAAGGUUGCCUUGCAAGUGGACAAUAUCCCAGUGCUGUGUCGCUACCUCAAUGUUUUUCCUGAUGAACUUCCAAGUGUGCCCCCUGAGCGUGAUGCGGUUUUUGAGAUCAAGUUGGUUCCUGGAACGCAGCCUAUCUAUAGAACUAUGUAUCGGAUGGCUCCAGUGGAGCAGGUGGAGUUGAAGAAGCAGCUGGAUGAUCUUCUUUCUAAGGGCUUCAUCAGACCUAGUAAGUCACCUUGGGCUUUUGCGGUGCUAUUUGGGGAGAAGAAGGAUGGCACUAAGAGGCUAUGUGUGGACUAUCGUGCUCUUAAUCAGGUGACCGUCAAGAAUAAGUAUCCUUUGCCUCGUAUCGAUGCUCUCUUUGAUCAGUUAAGAGGUGCUAAAGUGUUUUCCAAGACUGAUUUGAACUCUAGAUACCACCAGAUAAGGAUUAAGGAGGAGGAUAUCGAGAAGACUUCUUUUAUUAUGAGGAAUGUGAUUAAUCAACAUGGUAUUACUGUUGAUCCUAAGGAUGUUGCUUCAGUGGACUUCUCUAGUAUUGCAAAGCCAAUGACCAAGCUUACUGAGAAGGGUGUUCCUUUUAUUUGGACUGAUGAUUGUGAGGUCAGUUUCCGGACUCUGAAGGAUAAGUUGGUGAAUGCCCCUAUUCUAGUUUUACCUGAGAGUGGCAAGCAUAUGUUGAGGUAG